AUGGGUUCUCUUGCAGAAAACAACGACAAGGUUGCGAUUGUCACUGGCGCUGCGAGCGGUAUCGGGGCCUGGCUAGCUGCCCAUCUACACGAGCGCGGCUACCGCGUUGCCCUGUGUGGCCGACGACAGAAAGAAGGUCAACAAGUCGCUAGCUCCCUCGAUGCAUCCGGACACUCAGCGAUGUUUAUCCAAUGCGACGUCACGUCAUAUUCUUCACAAUCCGAGCUUUUCCAGAAGGUCUGGCAAAAAUGGAAUCGUAUCGACGUCUUAAUCGCGAACGCCGGCAUAACCGAUCAGAGCUCGGUAUACAAUUUCCACAGACGAGACGCACUAAUUGAAGAUCUUCCUUCUGAGCCAGAUACCUUAUGUACAGACACCGACUUCAAGGGGAUAGUGUAUGGUACAACUCUGGCGACUCACUUUAUGCGCCACAAUCCUCACGGUAAAGGUGGGAAGAUCAUCGUUACUGGGAGCAUGAUUGGUAUCUAUCCAAAUCAAACUUUCCCAGAAUACUGUUCUGCGAAAGCUGCGACGCAUCAGUGGGUCAAAACUACAGGGCCUAUCCUUAAUCUGAAAGAGAACAUUACGGUCAAUUGUGUCAUGCCAGGGGGGGUCGAGACACCCAUAGCCAAAGGUUUCAGCAAGGCCUUCUUUCCCGAACAGAUGACUUCGAAGUCACAGUUACUGUCCGCCUACGAUCUCUUCCUCGAGGAUACUGAAAAUACUAGGUCAGGUCAAACGGUUGAGGCAGCAUACAACAAGCUGGUGGAUUGGGGACAUCCGGAAUACAAGAGCGGACCAUUUGCAAAGCGCACGGAUACGGUCUUUGAACCGUGGUUUGAAACAAUGCACGGCGAGAAGAGUGGGCUGCCAGGUACUAUUCUAGAAUGGCCAGAUCAGAGUCACAAGAUUUUAGCCGUCACCGGAGCAACGGGCACACAAGGUGGAGGAGUCAUAAACGUGAUGAAGAGGACGCCUGGCUGGAAGAUUCGUGCGCUCACAAGAAAUGCAGAUAGUGAUGCGGCGAAAAAACUUGCUGCAGAAGGAAUUGAAGUAGUGCAAGCCAACUGGGAUGACGAAAGCUCGCUAUCCAGCGCUUUUCAAGGAGUUCAUGCUGUUUUUGCCGUGACGCAAUGGUGGGAACCUCUUUUUCAAGGAAAAAGCCCCGACGAAGCCGGGGAGAUUGAAGAAAGACACGGCAUGAACAUAGCAAGAGCCGCGGCUGCAACCCAAACCAUCGAACACUACAUCUGGUCUACGGCACCAAGCCCGAAGCAUGUGCUGAAGGGAGCAUUCGCCGUACCGCACGUAGACUAUAAGGCCAAUAUCGACGUUCGCAUCAGAGCGGAGUUGCCCCACCUGGCUGCCAUUACUACAUACUUGUACUUUGGCUAUUACCCCCAGAACAUGGCUUUCUUUCCGCUUUGCAAGCCGAUCCCAUACGAUGGCACAGACUGUUACAUCCUGACUUUACCAACAAGAGGCGAUGCCAAUGUUCUGUAUGCAGGCGAUAUGUCUGUGAACCCAGGUAUUUGGGUCCGCCAAGUACUUGCAGCUGGAGACAAGGCAUGCCGCAAGUAUGCCAACGUUGCACUGGAGAAAUGGACCUUCCAGAAAGGGGUCGACGUCUGGUCUGAAGUCACAGGAAAGAAAUGCAUAUUCAGUCAAAUCUCAACUGAGACUGCAAUUGGGCUGUGUGGUGAGGUUGGAAAGGAGCUGGCUAUGCAGUUCAAGUUUGGCGAGUUGUGCGAUCCGUGGGCUGAGGAUGAUAAUUUCAUCACAGCUGAGGAGCUCGGUAUCGAUGAGAAAGAGGUGGUAGGGUUUAGAGGAACAAUUGAAGGGUUACAUAAACAAGGAUUCUGGGAUUAA